CAGCAAUGUCUCAUUGAGUGAGAUUUUGCUUCAUUCGCUGGCUUGCUCUUUCUAUGCAAUGAUGACUUCACACCCUUUUGGAUUACGUUUUGGCAAUAACAUAGCUUUUUUAGGUCUCUGGCUUUGAGAAUAUUUUCAUUCACUCUUUCAGAAAAAUUCUGACCUCAUGCAGAGGUUUAACAUUCUCCACUUUGUCUGAGGCCAUGAGAAAUGCUUGUAGCUCUUUUUCUCUUUGGUGGUAUUUUGUUUUACUGUUUAAUGCUGAUUUCAGCCAUUCAAAUUUUACAAUUUUACAUGAGAUUAGACAUUUGCAUUUCAGGGGAGGGAAUGAAAGCUAAUUUGUAUCUGACUGAUUUGUGUGCCUCCUCAGAACCUAAACAUGAGCACCAUGUGAUGAAAAAGUAAGCUUUACUAUUCUGCAAAAUAACAAGUGCAGUGUGUGGGUGUGAAAGGCUUGGUAAAGUCGACCCAGCACCACUCAACUUUGAAAUAAGUGACGAUUACUUCAUUAAAAUUAUACAGGCCUACUGAACUGCGACAUGUCACCUCUGAAUGGUGUUGAAAGUGUUUGGCUUAAUUAUCUGAUACUAAUAUCAUAUAUUGUCUCAAUUCACAGGAUAGUAAACAAAUGCUCACCGUAGGUAUGUGCAAUUUUUGGAAAUAUAGUUUGUUUGCUGUAACACUUUUAAAAAGGUUUUGUGUUCCAUUGUUUGUAUAUGGUUUUCAAAGGUUUGGAGGUGCUAAAAAUGAAUCCACGAUUGACUCACUGUACAACCUGCAUCCCUCAGUUUUCCACAGUGAGAAAUAAGGACGCAUGGUGUCAGUGUAAUGUAAAAAGUCCGCGUUACACGUGCUCGUCAUCAUCGCUGUUUCGGGUCCGCCUCUUGAUAACGUUCUCGCUUCGAUCCUGAAAGGAUCGUCUCUGUGCUUGUGCACCUUCCCGGAUUUCUACACGUACAGGAAGAAAAUGCAUAUUUACAUAUCGGGACGUGUUGGAUACUGUUUUUAAAGGGAAGUAACUGUUUUUGUGAAGGAACACGCAGGAUUUCGCGUUUGAUCAUGGAACAAAGACGACGCGAGCCAGGAAGGGCGCAUGGAUGUUUGGUCAGCUGCUUGGUUGCGGUGCUUUUGUGGAGCGUGGCCGCGGCGCAAUUACGGUAUUCAAUCUCUGAGGAGGUUAACGAAGGGACUGUGGUUGGAAACGUCGCAAAAGAUCUUGGAUUAGAUAAGAGCACACUGAGAGAGAGGAAGUAUCGCAUUGUUUCCAGUAACGCGGAUCCUCUUUUCCAUGUAAAUCAGAACGAUGGCAUCCUGUAUGUGAGCCGGAAGAUUGACAGAGAGGAGGUGUGUGCGCAGAGCAGUACGUGUUUAAUCAAUCUAAAAACCGUGUUAGAAAACCCACUGGAGGUGCACUAUGUGGGAGUGGAGGUCCUGGAUAUAAAUGAUCAUUCUCCCAGUUUCCCAGAGAAGGAGACGACCUUAGAUAUUUCAGAGUCUGUGUUACCCGGAGUACGUAUUCCUCUGAAAGCAUCACGGGAUCCAGACGGCGGUCAUUUUUCUGUUCAGCAGUAUAAACUCAGCCCAAACGAUCACUUCCGCCUGGAAGUUAAAGAUAAGGGAGAAGAUGGUAAAAUACCCAUUUUAAUUGUGCAAAAAUCUUUGGAUAGGGAGGCAGCAGAAAGUCACUCAUUAGUGCUGACUGCCCUGGAUGGAGGAAAACCUCCAAAAACUGGUGAAAUGAAUAUUCUAGUAAAGGUUUUAGAUGUGAAUGAUAACACUCCUGUUUUCUCUCAGGACGUUUAUUCUGUGAUACUACAUGAAAACGUUCCAGUAGAAACAAUUGUCAUACAAGUUAAUGCAACUGAUGUAGACGAAGGACCUAAUGGAGAUGUAGUUUAUUCAUUUAGCAAAAGUGUGAGCCAUAGAUUGUUAAAGCUUUUUGAUAUUAAUCCAUCGACAGGUGAGAUAAGUGUUAAAGGAUUAAUCAACUUUGAGGAAAAGGAUAAAUACGAAAUUGAAAUCCAAGCAUCAGAUAAAGGUCUUGCUCCUCUAUCGACUCAAAAAAGUGUCAUUAUCAAGAUAGUUGAUGUGAAUGACAAUGCACCAGAGAUUGAGGUCACCUCUUUUUCGAGCUCCAUCCCUGAAGAUUCCAGACCUGGAACUACAGUUGCUCUUAUCAGUGUGAAUGACCUCGACUCUGGUCUUAAUGGAAAAGUUAUUUGCUCCAUAGUUGAGAAUGUUCCUUUUACUAUAUCACCAUCUUUACAAGAUAAAAUGUAUUCAUUAGUAACCAAAUCCCCUCUGGACCGAGAGAAACAGUCACAUUAUGACCUGACAAUAACUGCAAAAGACGCUGGUCAACCUCCAUUAUCGUCUGAGAAGACAAUAAGUGUUGUGGUGUCAGAUGUGAAUGACAACAGUCCACAGUUUUCACUAAGCCCCUAUACUUUCUAUGUCACAGAGAGUAACAAUCCAGGCACCUCUGUGUUUUCUGUCAAAGCUUUUGAUGCUGAUGAGAAUGAGAAUGCACAUAUUUCUUAUCAUAUUCUCAGAGAUAGAAGUGAAGAUAAUAAACUGACUUCAUUUCUAAACAUUAACUCUGAGAACGGAGACAUCAUGGCUCUAAAAAGUUUUGACUUUGAAACACUGAAAACCUUUAAGUUCCACGUUGUUGCGUCAGAUUCUGGAACUCCGUCACUGAGCAGCAACGUCACAGUGAACGUGUUCAUUCUGGAUCAGAACGACAACGCUCCAGUCAUCCUGUAUCCAGUCAGCUCCAACGGUUCUGCUGAAGGUGUUGAGGAGAUUCCCCGCAAUGUGAACGCUGGACACUUGGUGACUAAAGUCAGAGCCUAUGACGCUGAUAUAGGAUAUAACGGCUGGUUACUGUUUUCACUGCAGGAAGUUACUGACCACAGUCUCUUUGCUUUGGACCGCUAUACAGGACAGAUCAGAACACUUCGCUCAUUCACAGAGACAGACGAGGCUGAGCACAAACUGCUCAUACUGGUCAAAGACAAUGGGAACGUGUCACUCUCAGCAACAGCUACUGUCAUUGUCAAAGUUGUGGAGCCCAAAGAAGCUUUUGCAGCUUCUGAUGUGAAAAGUUCAACAAAAGCAGAUGAGGACAAUAAUGUGACUUUUUACCUGAUGAUAACUGUGGGCUCAGUUUCAGCUCUUUUUCUCGUCAGUAUCAUCGUGCUGAUUUCAAUGCAGUGCUCAAAGUCCACAGACUUCACUUCUAAAUAUCUACCAGAGCCUAAUUAUGAUGGGACACUGUGUCACAGCAUCCAGUACAGAUCUGGAGACAAACGCUACAUGUUAGUUGGACCCAGGAUGAGUAUAGGAUCUACUAUAGUCCCAGGAAGCCAUGCCAACACACUAAUGCUGCCUGACAGGAGAGGGAUAUCUGGAGAGCCCAAGGCGCCAAAUGCCGACUGGAGAUAUUCAGCCUCCCUGAGAGCAGGAGGUGUAAUGCAGAGCUCAGUGCACAUGGAGGAGUCUUCGGUAAUGCAAGGAGCCCAGGGGGUCCUGGUUCAGAACUGGCCCACUGCUUCCAGUGCCGCUGCUCGUUAUCUAACGCUGCAUUGCGCUUCUGCCCAACUGGACGAUGGUUUGGCGAGACAAGAUGCUGAAGGCGGAGAGGUGUCCCCCCCAAUGGGCGCUGGUGUAGACAGCAACAGUUGGCACUUUCGCUAUGGCCCCGGCGGUCCCGGUGCACCGCCACAACACCUGAAGCCUGGCGAGGUUCCCCCAGAGGCCUUUAUCAUUCCCGGCUCCCCGGCCAUAAUAUCCAUCAGACAGAACCAGGGAGGAGAGGACGACAAGAGCGACUUCAUCACCUUUGGGAAGAAGGAGGAGGCCAAGAAGAAGAAGAAGAAGAAGAAGGAGAAGAAAGACAAGAAGGAUAAGGGGAAGGAUGAUGAUGAGUAGAGGAGCAGAAAGAGAAAACAGCAAAGAAGAAAAGGGCGUUGUUAAAACAGAGGUACCAACCAAAGUCCAUUGGGCAAAAAGAAAAUGUGAAAACUACCAUAGAUUUCCCAGUUUCACUAUAUUACCUAUUUUCACUCAUAACAAUAUCAAGUUCUCUCUGUUCUGAACCUGGCCUUAUGCACGAUUUAUUUUACCCUCAGUCCCUUUCUGGGGUAAAUUAUUGAUCUUGCCUUGAUAAACAAUAAAAUGAUUGAUUUUGCUCCAAGCCCCUAUGUGCCUAUACACCUGGAGUCAGUCAUCCUUUCCUGUAAGGAAGGACCAAUCUUUGCCCCCGUCUUCAAUUUUUCUCCUCUAACCCAUGGGCACGUUGGCACCUCUGUCUUACCCCCUCCCCAACAAUGAUGUGUAAACCAUUCUCUCAGAAAGGAGACAAAUACUUUGUACAAGAACAACAAAAAGCUCUGUGCCAGCCAAGGAAAAGAAGAACGACGUAGAAAAAUGCGGAGCUGGACACACACCACUUGUAAAUAGCACAGACGAGAGUCACUGAAACUAAGGCUAACACUACACUGCUGCAGAUUCCUCUGGUAAUACCUGGUGUUUCCUAAGAUCUCAAUGAAACCACAUGCACACACACGCAUGAUCACACAUUCAAACAUGCAAACACGAGAAAACACACUGACCGUGGCAAGGUGGACACAUAAAGCACUUGAGAGAAGGAGAAAAAUAAAAAAAGAGAGAAAAACAACUGGCAUCAAAGAAAUGUGCUUAGAACAAGACACUGCAAGCUUUUUGCCCUGCACAUUUGCCUAUGCGGUGCACAUGUGUACAUCAACUCUCUCAGGAUGGAAGCGGCAUCCUUUGAAAUCACUCUGUAUUUGCUCACUGCAUUUGAAGGACACAGAGAGCUUCAUCUUCUGCCAGAACACCAACUGAGGAAUGCAGAGAGCUCUGCAAAGAUGGAGGGAUGGGAAGUUACCUCACAUUCUCCUGAGGACCACAGAGGGAAGAGUCCAGCUGCGCUGGCUUGUGACUCCGCUUUCAGUCAGUGGACUCUGAUGAAAAUAAGUACAGAAUAUUAGGAGAGCCUCGAGAUUUUGAUAACACCUUCUCUUAUCCCCCUGCUGCAGCAAAAGCCUAAAGCUUUCUGCUUUGAAUGUUUGGUAGCAACCAGUCCUUACCUGAUACCUUGAGUUUACAACUGCUCACCUGCUUGUACUUGCCCCAAGUUGCCACGAGCCAACUUCUCCUCCCCCAGCAGCCUUUUCUACCCUCAUGGUCACCCAUCCCACCAAUUGCCUCUUCAUCUGAUGAUGAAGUCUUCUGCUUUCAUUUGGUCUUGAAAGAGAUUCAACAUGCACUGUUUUAUUUCUCCCUCAGUUUUAACUGCUUUUUACGUCUCAUGCCUCCCCACAUUUACCCUCAGACACUUCCCCAAACCCCCGCUCUGACCCCCCCUGCUCAGGAUCAAUCCUGGGAAUGGCCUGCGCUGAACAUUGUGGUGUGCUGGGAACAGCAUGGAGUAAUGUGGAUGAGGCCUGGGGAAGCCCAGUCGGGGGUUGACGCCCUGAACUCUUGUCAGAUGUCUCUCUAAGUGCAAAACGGUUCAGUGCUUUUAACUUGUGAAUAUGCUGUUCAUUUUCCUGUUCUUAGCCACUGAUGAGAGGGGACCAUGUGGGAUGAAGCAGAUAAAAGGGAUGGAGGCAAAGUGAGGAGACAGGUGCCGUGGGCUGGCCCUCCCCCUCCAGGUACAAGAGAAGAAAGUUGUUCUCCACAUUGAUUGUUUCGGAUCGUUGAGUCACAUAUUAGCUUUUUCGUACGCUGUAAAUGUAAGCGUAGACUUUAAUAGAUUGUCUCAUUAAUAAUUGAAACCUGCUAAAAGAUUUGGGCAUCUAGAGAUUCCCAUCCCACCUGCUAUAUCCCACCAAUCCUCUCUCAGGAGGUUUUGAAAAUGGGGCACUCGCAUGCCUCAAGACCUGCUUCUGUUGGUUCCCCUUCCCUGCCUGUAACUUGUUGCCAUGUCCCCCAAAGUUUUGCGGCUCAGUAUGACGUCACUCCAUUAAGUGGCUGCUGCAUGUACUGCUCUAAGGAAACACAUACUAUAUAGAGAAAUAUAUAUAUAAAUAGAUAGAUGGCUAUGAUUUUAUUAUUUUGUAUUAUAAUUUUUCUUCAUUAUUUGCACAGGAGAUAUUUGUAUGUACUUCUGUCUCUUGCCAAACAUCUACGUACUACAAUCUUCAUGCUCCACAGAUGUUGUAUGGCAUCCACUAAACCUCUUUAGAUAUUUGUACAUGCUAUAGUGUGAUACCUUUCAACGCAAGUCUUUUUUUUCUUUUACCAAAUAUGAUUUUUGCUUUUGAGAAUAAGCAAAGCAAGAAAAAAAGAAAAAAAAAUCACUCUCUGUGUCUGCCUUUGACAUGACGAUCUAACUAAAACUGUAAUAUUGUAACUGAAAUAUGUAUGAUCCUAUGAUGAGCUAUCACUUCCCUUUCACUCUUAAAAAAAGACAAAAAAUGAAAGAAAAAAAUUGUCCAGUGUAAAAAAAGGUAUAUGUAGUAUAUUCUUGUGUUUAGUGAGCAUUCAUGCUGUCAUUCUUUCCCAAUGUAUGGUGGUGAACUAUGGUGGCACUGUGCUGUCCUAAAUGGAUCAGCCCAGUUCUGUGGUUAUAAAAAAAAAACCUUUUUUGUACACCCGCUCAUCAGUUGUAACAGUGAAGUAGUGAAUUUCAUUUAUUUCAUUUAUUUUCUGACUUUUUUUAUUUUACCUAGAUGGAAACAGUGGUAAUGUGUUUUGUUUAUAAAUCACUAAUAAAGUUUUCUUUCUUAAAAAUAAA